AUGUGGGUCUUCACUUUAGGCAAAGAGGAAUCAUGGCGGGAGACUGGAAAUGUUCCCCAUUUAUGUCGACGGGAGGGAGUUUGUAUUAAUGGAGUUAUCUACAUGUUCUAUUGUUCUCAUUUCGGUACAAUUGAAAUAGUUGCGUUUGAUGUGAAAACCGAAAGUUUCAUUAUUAGUUGUUGCAUCAGAAUGUUGGAAGCUUCAUCUAGCAACAUAGAGUAUUAUAAACUAAUGGAAGUGGAGGGAAAAUUAACAGUCCUUGAAACUAGGCUGGUUAACGGAGGAAUUAAUUUGUGGAUUCUUGGCAUGAGUCAACAUGAACGAUGGGAGAAGCAUAUUAUUCUUGGUUUUCCCUUGGAUAACGAGCAACCAGAUCUUUGGUCCCAGACAUGUUAUAACAAGAGAUUAUAA